CAUCGCAUUGAUUCGAUUCGAUUCGAUUCGAUUCGAUUCGACUUGAAUUGGUUUGAUUCCAUUUCGUUUGAAUCGCAUUCCGUUCCGUUCCAUGGCGCCGCGUUCGGUUCCGAUCGCUGCCGCCGCGUUCGCGCUGGCCGUUGCGGCUCUCUGCGCCACCACGGUGCGGGCCCUCUCCCGGGAAGCCCCGGGGGCCGGAGGGCCGGCGGCGGUGUGCGGGAGGGAGGAUCCCCCCCGCCUCGUUCCKACCGACGCCGUCGAAACCAUCGCCAGCGGGGGCGUCGCCGUCCUCGAGGGCUUUGUCCCGGCCGGCCUGGUGGAAAGGCUCCGGGCCGAUGCCACCGGCCUGCAGGAGGGGGGGCACUUCCGGCCCGACGGCCUGACCAACAACGCCCUCGCCACGCAGGGCUUUACCCGGGGGGCGGACCGCCAGACCUUCCGGAACCCCGAGACCGGGGAACAGUCCUGGUACCGGGCGGACCUGGGGGACGCCUCCACGCGGCUGGAAUUCGACCGGUUGCUGGCCGCCGUCAGGAUCCAGCUGGCCAGGGACCUCGACCGACCCACCCUCCUCGGCGGGAACCACAACCCAAACAGCGACGAGGACAAGGACAACAACAACGAUGGACGCCACGAGAUUACCUACAACUGGUACGAACCGGGAGCCAGGCUGGGAAGGCACCUCGACGAACACCACGAGGAAACGAAGGGGCCGCGGGGCUGGCGCUAUCCGUCCCGGAGAAGCGUGACGUGGCUCGUCUACCUGAACGACCACUGGAAGGCAGAGGAGGGYGGUGCUCUUCUGUGCCAUCCCCGCAACAGCCAUGGCGGAAGCAACGACGACAACAACAACAAAGGCGGCAGCAGUGCCAAUGCUGAUACCAAUGCCAGUGCCAACAGCCGCUACGACGGGGAUCCGAUCGGCUCCCACGAGGGAAACCUSCAGGUGGGAUGGAUCGACGGCUUCACCCCCGUCUACCUCGAUGCCUUUCGGGAGAGCGGCCAAACGGCCCUCUACUCGCUCUCGSACGGGCCGGAACGCCGCUACUGGACCGAGAGGGACUUUGACGUUCCGGCCCAGCCCAUCGAGUUCGGUGUCUUUUUGCCRGAGGCCCUGCGGCCCCGGUUCGAACAGAUUUCCACGGCAAAGAACGACCCCCGGUUUGCGGCGGCGUCGCCGGCCAAGGAAGAACCGGCGGCCAUCUCCGGCCCCGACACCGCCCCCCACGAAGAAGCCAUACGGGUGGUCCCCGCCGGGGGGACCCUCGUCCUGUUCGAUUCCGUCACCCUGCCCCACUCGGUYCUGGAGGUCACCGGRAAGCGGCAACGGAUCGCGGCGACGGGAUGGUUCCACGAGGAUUCCCAGUUCGCCCUGCCGGUGUAGACCCACGGCACAAACAGCAAACAGCCCRAGCGAAUGCGAGUUUCUCUGKGCGGCCCGGGGCCGGRGACUGGCUUUUCGUCGGACCUAUGGCUGGGGAUGCACUAUUCUUUGGCAUGACCUAGGGCURGGGGUGUGCCUUUCAUGGUUUUUCCCUGGGCCUGGGCCCGGGUGUUUGCGGCUUCUUGGACCUAAUAGGGCUGGGAACGGGGCCGCUUGGGUGUGGGUGUGGACGUGCUUGAACAGGAACGCCCACCCCAACGGCCGUCCCUACCUGCCGAUGGGUUGCCUUUGUUGGCACGCUUUGCGUGCCUUGCACAAGAUGGGUGCCGGUCACGGCGUCGAACYCAACCCCCUCCUUGCAGCGUUGGCACGGGCUCUCGGUGGCAACGAGUAGAGCGAGCUGCACUACAACUAUAUACUACUACAACUAAAACUAGAACUAGCAU